AUGUGGAGCCGUGGUCUCAAGCAGGGGUUGGGGAGACAUGGUGCUCAGCUCCUGUCCCUCCCCAGCCCUGAGCUGUGUCUGCAGACUCCCCUGUCUCCGGAGGAGCAGCAGGAUCAAGCCUUCAUCCAGCAGCACCGCCGCAACAGAAUCAAGGUGAGGGCAGGACCAUUACAAUCAAAUCCAACAGAGGCUCCUACGGCCACUCUCUCUUUCCAUUGGCCCUAUCAUGACCUAACCUCUGCCCUCUAACCUUGUCGGCACUAGGGCAUGCAGGAUAAGGAGGUGCUGGCCAUCAUGAGGACGGUGUGUAUAGGGAACCCCACCCAGGACACCCACUCCCACCCGUCCUCUCUGGGAGGAGACACGGCCCGAGCGGUGGACAGGUUCAGGAGACAGUGUCUGGGGGAGUACCUGGACUCACUGGACCAGUGUCACACAAAGCGGGUCACAGUCAACCAGGCCACACUGGAGAGAGGUGAGAACCAUAGGAAAACACACACACACAUACAGAAAAUAUACUCACACACACAGUACAGUACACAAACACACAAGAAAACACCUUGAGGUAGGCAUUAGGUAAAGCACACACAUAUACCCCUUUGGCUAUACACACCCAAACAAUUCCAGAUGAUGUUGACCCUUUUUCUAUUCUAAUCACAUAACCUCAUGUCACACAAGUACCCUUCAUUACUGAGUAAUAGCACUUUAAAGACCUUGAUUGCACUUAAAAGCACCAGUAAUAGCACUUUAAAGCACCAGCCAUAGUGCUGGAGUAUGCUGUCCAGCACUAAAUCUAUCUGUGUGUGUAUGUCCAUGCAUGCGUGUGUGUGUCCUACUCCUCCUCAGUUCUGCUGCAUCCAGGGGACCAUGUCUUGGGGGGUCCGAAGUGUCCCGUGCUGAGGCAGGCAGGGUCCAACGCUGUGCCGGGGCGUGGUGGCCGUCUGAGGGCCUGGAUCUGCUACAGCAGUAGUACCCCCCGGGGGGUCGAGGAGAAGGAGGAAGAGGAGCAUGGCCUGGAGAAAGAGACCACUCCACACAAAGUCCACAAGGAGACGUGAGUGUUGGUGUCAUCAACCGCAGAUAGAUUAUCAAAUUGACCACACAGUAACAGUCACAUCAGGCAGAGAAUAGAGAUAUAUGUUUGUAUUAUACCAUAUGCAGUUCUGACAGUGAGGGAGAAGUCUACAGCUCUGAUAUUACCUGUUAUGUUUUCUGCCUCCUCCCCCAGGGCUCUGUACCCCUCCCGUAGGUCUGUGCGUCGGAGGUCCAAGAUGAUGACUCUGUCCACAGGUCGUGCUGAGGUCAGACACAAGACAGAAUGCUGGCUGACCAGGGAGGAGUACGCCCACAUUAAAAGGUGAGGAGGAAGUGACAUCAGUGUUAUUAUGGCAAGCCGCCACACUAAUAGUAGCCACAGCAACAACAAUGUGUAUUGUUUUACAUGUGUAAUGUGUAUGUGCUGUUUGUUUGGAGCAACAUGAGGGAGCCGUCCAGCCGUAGAGCCAACCCUAACUCAUUCUGGCCUGGUCAGGACAACCACGUAAGACUGUACCUGCCCAGAGUGGGCCUGUCUCCUGAGGGGGUCCUCUUUGAGCACAUCGUCCACUCCCCCGCCCCCAGCCCCGGCAACUGGCCUGUCAACGACAGGGGCUACUCCACCUCUGAAGAUAUAGAUGGACUCAAGGCCUACACCCUAUAG